UGGUUCGCGCUUGUUUGAGCACGCGUCUCGGCACGGAGAUUGCUGACGUCCUGGCAAUCGUCAGCUUGCAAGGUUUGGAGAAGGCCAUGGGCUGAUUCUGUGACAGCCAUGCCCAUCGACAUGACCAUUGCAGGUGCAAUGGGCCUGAAGGCCGUUGCUGCUGCCAAAGCAGCUUCGGCUGCUGCAAAACAAGCAGCGGCUCAGGCCAUUGCGAUGGCACAGAACACAAACUUGGCGGCGCUUCAAGCUGAACAGGCUCAGGCCAAUCUCGAAAAGUAUGUUUACGGAGUGCCUGUAUCAUCCAUUCCUCCGUCUGUGUCGCCCAUGCCACCGGCUGCCAUUCACCCGUAUCCGAUGAAGGCUGAACUGCCGCUGCUUCCUGGAGUGCUUGUAUCCAGUGAGCUGGUCGCAAGGGACAGGACAGCAAAAGCUGCACGGCAUGAGCCAAAGGCAAGUAGAAACUCCAGGGUCUGGAAAAGAGACCUGGGGACCUUUCUGUAAAGGACGUAUGCCAGAAGAG